UCUGUCUAACUGCGAUCAAAUUUCGAUCUUACUAUGUAACGAACUGGAUCCUUUCAGAGGUACGUUCGGUAGAGGCGGGUGGCUGUAGAGAGACACCAGUGCCUCGCCGGUCGCCGCGGGCUGCGCGCGUCCUGUCCUAUUACCGUACUUUUUUCAUCCGACAAAAGUUUCGAACUUUCCGACAGCGUUCCGAAAUCGUAUGUGCUUUAGCAAUGGAUGCUGUUCUGUUCUUCUUAUGCUGAAGUAACGAUUUAGUGCUCAAAGGAUUUGUGGAAGACAAUUUUUUUGGGAGAUACAAUUCCUUUCGGAGAUAUGAAAAGAAACUAAAUGGAAGACGGUCGAAGGCAUUCAAACGACACUGGUUGGUGAACAUGCUACACUCCUAAGAUGAGCGGGAGACGAGGGCCGUGCAAGAGCUUCGCCAUCAGCGUCAUACAGAUCAUCACAAUUAUAUGCCAAGUGUUAACAGAGGAGCCCCGUUUCGCCGAGCCAAUACCCAACGUCACCGUGGCACUCGGCAGAGAUGCCAGUCUACCGUGCGUGGUGGAGCAUCUUGGUACAUAUAAGGUGGCGUGGAUCCACAUCGAUCGUCAGAUGAUCCUGACGAUCCACAGGCAUGUCAUCACACGGCUGGCGAGGUUCAGCGUAUCCCAUGACAACGCCAUGACGUGGCUACUGCACGUGAGUCAGGUGCAGCAAGAGGACCGCGGCUACUACAUGUGUCAAGUUAACACCAACCCCAUGAUCAGCCAAGUCGGAUACCUACAAGUAGUUGUACCACCAAACAUCUUAGACGAGGAAAGCACACAGUCAGCGGUGGCAGUGCGAGAGAACCAAAACAUCAGCUUGGUGUGUAAGGCUGAUGGGUUCCCAGCACCCAAAAUCAUGUGGAGAAGAGAAGAUGGACAGCCUAUAUCCGUCGAUAGAAGGAAGAAAGUGACAGUGUACGAGGGCGACACACUCAGCUUGCAGCGUAUAAGCCGCACUGAGAUGGGGGCGUACCUGUGUAUCGCCACCAAUGCUGUGCCGCCCUCCGUGUCUAAAAGGAUCAUCGUUGACGUCGAAUUUUCACCAAUGAUCUGGGUGCCGAACCAGUUGGUGGGAGCGCCAGCUGGCACCGAUGUCACAGUGGACUGCCAUACUGAGGCCCAUCCACGCGCCAUUUCGUACUGGGUCUAUGAUAACGUUAUGGUGCUACCUACUAGGAAAUACGCCAUUAACACUGAAGAGAAUUCGUAUAGAGCACACAUGAAACUAACGGUACGGAACCUUCAGACCGGUGACUUCGGCAACUAUCGGUGCAUCUCGAAAAAUUCUCUCGGUGAAACAGAAGGUUCUAUCAGAUUGUACGAGAUACCCAUGCCGUCUACAUCACCGAAGGCUACAGAAAUGAAGAGUAACGCAAAUAAAGAGAGCGCGCGCCGGGCGAACGUUAGUCGCGCAGUGCAGCGGCCAGAGGUCAGUGCUGGCACUGAGCGGCCGAGCGUGGUCCGAGCGCAGCUCGACCGAGCGCCCGAUCGCGACGCCGCACACCACGUGUACCGCCAGCCGCACCCGCACCACGUCUCAGGUGCAAAACAAGUACACUGUUGGCGGCAACCCUUCUUAGCUAUCGUCGUGCUAUUUCAAAUGGAUCUCAUAGUUUGAUUUUAUAAAUAAAUCCACUACCUUAUUAUUGCUUUAUUUAACUAACUAAAUCAAUUAUAAAUGUAUUACAAUUUCGUGAAUAGCAAUACAGUACAUACAACACAGUAAUUAAUUCUGUACCUACAUCGAAUAUUUGUUAAAAUAUUAUAAGAGAAACGUACAUACGUAUUUAAUAUUGAAAUGUACACAGAAUUAAUUUUAUUAUUAAUAUUCUUUUAUUAUAUAGAUAGAGUGUCUCCAUACAAAUGUUUCGAAUUCUCGAUUCGGCAUCAACUUUUUCAUACAAUUUUGCGUGAUAAACAGUUAUUAGUGAUUCCUUUAUAACUUCUAUGUUUAUUUUGGUCUUAUAAUUCUUGCGUCUUUUUAAUGCGAAAAAAUUAUUUUAUUUAUUUAUUAAUUAAUUAAAUAUAAACACGUCAAGAUAAAUUGUGUGCGUAAGUAUAUAGAACACUGAUAAAAAAAACAAGUCAACUAAUUUGACAAAAAAUUUACUCGUUUUUAAAAGUCAGUACUCUAUCUGUAUAAUUCAAGCUUUAUGUAUAAUUGUAAACAAAUAAAAUUAUAUUUUAAAAAUUAUUUUGUCUCCAAUUUUCGCCAUUCGAGGUACUGUGUUGUGUAUACAUAUAUCACAAAUAUCGUGUAUAGUACAAAACUUUAUUUGAACGUUACCAAAGAGUUAUUGCUGACUUGUACACGGCGUAGCGUAUUUAAAUAUCAAUAUGUUUUACUCUAGCAUUGUGAAUAUACAGUGAAACAUAUCAUCCUUAAAAUACUUGUGUCAUAUCCUGAAAGAUUGUGAGUGAGAAUUUUAUAUUUAUAUAAAGGAAAGUUAAGUUUACCUUCUGUUGAAGAGAUGAGUAUGUUUCGGUCAUUUACAUACAGUUUUACAAUAAUUACCUAAUCUUAUAAUUUUUUAUUAGAUUAAGAAAAAAAGAAUACACUAGUCAUUGAUUCCUCUUAAUCUCCUAUUGUAUAUUUAAUCACCUAUUUAAUGUAAAAGAUAGUAUAAAUAUUAAAUUAUAAAUAUUUAUAUUUAUAUAUAAUUUUAUACUUAUAUAUAAUUUUAUAUUUAUAAUAUAUUUUUUUGUCUUUUAUGCCAUAAAAAUACUGCAGGUCUUAAUCGACAUUUACUCAUCUCUUUAAAUUAAAAAUACGAAUACUUCGUAAGAUUAAUAUUAAUAGAAUUUUAUUAAUUUUAAUUAAUUUAUUAUUAAUAAACGGUGCCGCCAAAAUUUGGCUAACUUUUUUUUAUAUUGAAAGUUUGUUUAGAAACCCUCACGAAAGAUGUUUUCAAAGUAUGAAAAUUUCAUGUUAGUUUCCAACUCUUUUGGUACUGUUAACUUGUGGAGUGUGAGUUGGGAGUGUAUUAUUAUGAAUGCAAAUUUUAUCACUAGAACCAGCUAAUAACGUCCCACCAUUGGGCAAAGAUCUCUCUCUCUCUGUAUGAUUAUAUGAGAGGAUUUAAUUGCAGAUGACUUGUUAUAUAAUUAUAUUUCAAGUAAAUUAUAUUUCCUUACGAAAAUGUGACUAUUUAAAAUGCUAUUGAAUAUUUGUAUAAAAUACACGUGGAUCGUGCAUUUUAGUACAUUUUUUUUUCAUUAUCGAUACGUAUUGUAAUAUCACGUAGAUGCGAGAUUUUUUGUCGAAUAUAACGUAAGUACACAUUUUAACUUUGAGAAUGCCGGAUUGACUUAUGCACAUUUGUGUAAACAAUGCUCGAUAGGUAAAAUUCGAGAUUGUUCCAUAUAGUCCAAUAAAAUGAUAUUUAAAAUUAUUUAUUAACUCAUUAACUAUACCGAACUCAUUAAAUAUACGAAGUAUUUGUACGAUUAAAUAAAUUUUUGUCUGUUUAAAAAUUGUCACAAUAUAGUACACCGCUCUAUUCGCUGACAUUGAUGCUCCUUUCCACUUUGGGUGUUGCUGGAAGAAAACUCUAUCAGAGUGAAGCUCGCCUUUGUACAUUUAAUUACCUCUGUCAUAUUCUUAUAACUGGUGUGUACAAUAAAGAAUAAAAUAAAAUAAAUAAAUAACAUUGAGCAAUAAGUAUUGAUUUAUAGUUAUUAUUAAUUAAAUUUUUAGUUUAAAACUAUAACGAAAUGGUUAUAAACUAGUGAAACUGCCUAAUUCACUAGUGCGGCACCGCAUUCUGAUUACUGUAUCUAAUUUUAUCAGGCACGUUUUAUUUUCAUUUAUGUCUUAUAUCGUUAACGUAGGCAUUAAAUAUUAUGUUUAAAUUUAAUCGAAAUAGACAUCCGACUUUUUGUCGCCCGAGUGUCUUGCAACUAGCGACUUUUUACUAUGCAAAUAUCGUCAAACUGUAUAAGACUUAAUUAGAAUUUAACCGAUUAUAUUAUUCUAAUUAUAAUAUUAUGAAUCCUCCUGUCUUUCGACCAUCCCGUUCGGACUAUUUGGUAUUUACAUUAAUUAAUAUCGGAACCUAAAUUCAAAAUCGUAGCUACAAUUUUACUCAAGUGUUGCUAGCUUGAAAUGAAAGUUGAAAAUUAAAACCUAAUUGCCUAAAAAGUGUAACUUUGUUUUAUACCUUUUCUAAAUCAAAUACUUAAUAAAUAUAAUUAUUAAUAAUAUUAAUAAUUAAUUAAAUAACCAGUGGCAUGGACUUCCAUAACACCUAGUUCAGAAAAUAUUUAAUUAAUUAAUGUCAUCUCUGAAUAAGUCGAGCUGAUUACAUUGUGAUACCACAGAAUGUAUAUAAUAUUAACUUGCAAAUCAUUUCAAUAAAUCAAACGAUUUUUGAUGUAUUUUCUACUGUAUUUGAGUUAUAAUUAUUGAUAUGAUGAAAUGUAUAAGCUUUCAUUUGAUAAUAUCAAAAUAAUAAAUAAAUAAACCGCCGUCAGAGGCCGUAUUCGACGGGAUUCGAACCUGCAUUUAAAUAAUCCCGGAUUAACAUUUAAUAGGGUUGCAUUUAAUAUUUCAUAAUUUCCGAGUGCAGGGUAUCCAUUUCAAAUAAUAUAUUCAAACGUCAUUCGAAUUCAAUGUUAUUUUGGCGCGAAUUUUAGUCGCUCGUCUGACAGCGACAACUUGGCCUUGUAAAACUCGGAUAGUUGCGUUAUUCACGACUCGUUAACCCUUACCCCGUUUGGUAAUGGGGUUGCUAUUACCAUUACCAGUCUAAAUUACACACGAUAACGUGCAAUGUCCUUCCAUAGGUACAGAUUGUGUAGUGUAUUUGAGGCGUUUCACAAAAUAUGACAACUGUUAUAAUUUUAAAUACACAACCGGGACUUAACGCGAUGUAAAAGCUUUUACAGGUAAAUAAAUACCUACUCGUACAUGCCUGCUUCUUUAUUGCCGACGUUUCGACGUGGAUUGCACCACGUCGCGGUCACGACUGGACUGAAGUGAGCGGCGUUUUCAUCUUGCAGCUGGCGCAGUCUCUUCGGGUACCGUCACACUGUUACCAUUAUUAUGUAAAGCCACCCAACACACCGCACUCACGGUAUCCACACUGCGUUUAAACUACUUAUCGCAUGUUUUUAAGUAUCGGCAAUAAAGAAGCAGGUAUGUAGGUACUAUUUACCUAUAAAAGCUUUUGCUUCGCGUUAAGUCCCAAAUGUGUAUUUAAAAUAUGUGUAAUCAACGCGAAAGUUUAACAUUAACUGUUAUAAUUUUUUUUAUUUAUUUAUUAUUUAUUUAACUCUUUAUUGCACCAUAAACAAAAAUAUACAAUGACAAUUGAAUAUUUCAAGUGAAAUACAGUAACAUAAAUACAGAAUGAAAUGUAUACAUAAAAGUACAAAAUGCGGUCUAAUCGCUAGGGCAAUCUCUUACAUGUCUGUAUUUUUGGUUAAAGGAGAACAGAUAGAAGUGGGUAGGUGGCGCAGGAGUUUUUUUUUAUAUUUAGUAGUUUAGUAAAACGACUUAGUAGGAAUGUCUUUUAUCAAAAUUGGUCAUUUAAUUUAGAAAUAAUUCUAAAAGUAAUGCCAGUAGUGGAGAAAUUGGGUUGUAACCAUUUGUAUGGGCAUGUGAUACGCAGGGGUGAAAAUGUGGUAAAAGAAGUAUGAAGUAGGGUGUUUUUUUUAUGGAUGAUAAUGAAAUGGUAACACCGCCCACGUUAACAGUAUACACUGGCAAGGCACCAGUGAAAAAUGAUAGGUGAGAAUGAAAAGGCAGGUCAGUUAGUCCAUCGUGACGAAUACACUUGGAAUUCAGCACGAUGAUUUCCAGGGGUGCCACGUGGAGGUCGACCUGAUAGGAUAUAUUGCUAGCAACAGGACUGAUAGUCCGCGUUAUUAACAAUUCUUUCCCCCUCUAUAAAGUAUGGUCGUAAGAGUAGAGGAAGAUGUAAAAAGAGAUGGAUGACUGAGUGACAUGGCAUGAUCAGUAAGGAAAUAAAUGCUAAGAUGGCUGCGAAAAGUGAUGAAUGGAAGAGAAAAAUAUAUUACGCAAUAAAUAGAGUAUAACUUAAUACACUUUAUCAUAAUCUAUUUAUUUAUUUAUUUCAUGCAUUGUUGUUUUUUUUUUUAUAAUAAGUAAUUACUCAACCAAAAGUGUGAUGUGUGAUGUCCCAUUCGUGUUUCAACUGUAAAGCAGUUGUGUUUACAUGGCUGUGUUUCGGUUUGAAAGGUGGGAUCUAGCAGUGAAUUUACAGGAUACAGAGGAAUACCACAUGAGUCCUCAAGAAUGGCAACGCAUGUGGGUUAUCAAGGGCGAAACAGUAUACUCUGUUAUGUCCAUGGUACUGCUCAUGUAUAUGGGCGAUGGUUACCACUUUCCAUCAGGUAGGCCGUCAGCUUGUCUAAGUUGCAUAAAAAAAUACAUGCAAUUAUUGUCAAAGAAGUAAUUUUGCCAUAAAUCUCAAACGAUACAAUUAUGGAUUACUUUUUUAACCGACUUCAAAAAGAAAGGUAGUUCUCAAUUCGGUGAUAUAUAUUUUUUGUUUAUUACCUUAAAAAUCCAGUCGAUUUUGAAAAUUUCUUCAUUUAUCUGAAUGGAUAAAAAUACAGAUUGAUCCCAUAUAAAUUUUAUCAAAGUUGGUUAAGUAGUUAACUAAACUGAUUACUUCAAAUGAAAUUAAUUAGUUUUACCACAAUUAACGUUGUUUUUUUUUGUGAAACUUAAAUUAUUCAUACUUUUAAAUUAGUUCGGAUUUAAUAAAUUGAUAGAGAAUGAUAAAUUUGAGGCUUCCUUUUUCAUAUAAAUAAAAAUAUAUAUAUUUGUCUUUAUAAUCAUGUGCCAAAUCAUAUUGUUCAUCAUUACUACACUUUAAAUUAAUCGCCUAUAAGAAAGGAGGAGUUUCUUUACUCGGCUUUUCUUUUAUACAGGUACAUUUAUGUGAUUAUCCACAACGAUUGUGAAUCGAUUUUAUUUAAUAUUUUUUAAAGAAACCUCUAUACGUAAAUUUUCUUAAAAUUUUAAUAAAAAAUAUGUUUAACAAAGUUUCUUUAUUCGCUUUUACUUUUAUACAUGUAUAUUUACGUAAUUAUCCACAACGAUUGUGAAUCGAUUUAAUUUAAUUAUAGUUUAAUGAAACCUCUAUACACAAAUUUUAUUAAAAUUUUAAUAAAAAAUAAUUUUAACAAAGUUUCUUUAUUCACUUUUACUUUUAUACAUGUAUAUUUAUGUAAUUAUCCGUAACGAUUGUGAAUCGAUUUUAAUUAAUUAUUUUUUAAUGAAAUUUGUGUAUAGAGGAUACACAAAUUUUAUUGAAAUUUUAAUAAAAAUGUCUUUUUAAAGAACUACGAAUAUAAGCCUACGGUUUCACAUUGCAACUCCUGUAUUGUUAUAUUUUUGUUAUAUAAUUUUCAAUUAUACUAUUAUUAAAUGUUACAUAUAGUUAUACAAUGUAAUACAUAAUAUGAAAUGACCCAUUUAGUAUGUAUAAUAACCAAGCUUGCCCCUCACGCUUGUCGAUAAAUUGUAAAUAAUUAAUAUUGCACAAUAAAAAAAAAACGAACUUUUAAACAUUAUAUACCUUAAUAUUUAAUAUUAUUUGUUAAUUAAUCGAUUUAAUAAAAAAAAAUAGGUAAUAAAUGUAUAAAAUUGUAUCUUUUAUUAAAAAUAAGAGAUAUAUUGGAUAGGU